AACGGAUCUGUAACGUUGCAUGUAGUUGUUGUCUAAUCAAACUUAAGCUCAGCCAGUCGAGAGAUGAUUUUAGUCUUCUGGUGACCAUUGGUGCGUUUGGACGGUUGUCGAACAAAUUAUUGCGGAUACACAGUUUCAGUUAUAAUCUACGUUGCAGUCAUAUGGAAGUAUAGUACAAGUGUUCGAAUUUAGUGAGAUUUUUUGAUCGCGAGAACAUAUCAGCAUGAGUUGUGCUAGUGUUUUGACCAGUAAGGAUCUACCGGAUAUUGAGAGCUUGCUGGCACUCAAUCCUAGAGUUAAGUCUCAUGGUUCCUUGGUCCCGACUACCGUAACCAAACAAACGAAGAAACACUGGAAACGCAACACCGAUCGAUCGUGUAGUAGUUGCACUCCGCUUACCAAUGACUUCUCGGACAUCAAACACACAACCCUCUCGGAACGGGCUGCUUUGCGUGAGGCUUCACGCUGUCUGAAGUGUGCCGAUGCUCCCUGCCAAAAGUCAUGUCCUACUCAGCUCGACAUAAAGAGCUUUAUUACCAGUAUCGCCAACAAGAACUACUAUGGUGCUGCCAAGGCAAUUUUUUCGGAUAAUCCUUUGGGACUAACUUGUGGGAUGGUUUGUCCGACUAGUGAUCUUUGUGUUGGUGGCUGCAAUCUUCAGGCGGCAGAAGAAGGCGCUAUCAAUAUCGGAGGACUCCAGCAAUUUGCAACCGAUGUGUUUAAGCGUAUGGGUCUACAACAGAUUGUGCCCCCGAAUGUUGCUCCAUUGAAGAAUCCACACAAAAAAGUCGCUCUUCUAGGAGGCGGUCCCGCAUCGUUGUCCUGCGCAACUUUCCUCGGGCGUCUUGGUUACAAAGACAUCACUAUCUACGAAAAGCGCUCCUAUCUGGGCGGUUUGAGCUCAUCGGAGAUUCCACAAUACCGUCUACCGGUCGACGUAGUUAAUUUCGAAAUCCAACUAGUGAAAGACCUUGGCGUUAAGUUUGAAACCGGACGGGCCCUUUCAACCAAAGACCUAACAGUCCAGGGACUUUUAGACGCUGGAAAUGAUGCAGUCUUUCUUGGAAUCGGAUUACCCGAGCCUAAAAUCGACAAAAUAUUCUCCGGACUGUCGAAAAAGCAUGGCUUUUAUUCUUCCAAGGACUUCUUACCAUUGGUAGCUGAUGGUAGUAAACCGGGUUUAUGUCCAUGCAAAUCGGCCGCUGCCACAUUACCUUCACUCAGCGGAAACGUCAUUGUUUUGGGAGCUGGCGAUACUGCAUUCGAUUGUGCCACUUCAGCUCUUCGUUGUGGUGCUAGGAAGGUGUUUGUAGUCUUUCGGAAGGGUAACAAUAAUAUUCGCGCAGUUCCGGAAGAAGUUGAACUCGCUCGCGAGGAACGUUGUGAAUUUAUUCCGUUUAUGUCACCAAAAGAGGUGAUCAUCAAAGACGGAAAGAUUACAGCUAUCGUAUUUGUUCGGACUGAACAGGAUGAAACUGGUAAUUGGGUGGAGGAUUCUGAUCAAACAACCCGUUUGAAAGCAAACUACAUAAUUUCCGCUUUCGGGUCUGGUUUAAGUGACAAAGAUGUAAUCGACGCCUUAAGUCCAGUUCCACUCAAUCGUUGGAACUUGCCGGAAGUGAAUUCCACCACUCAACAGACUCAAAUACCAUCCGUAUUCUGCGGUGGUGACUUGGCUGGAGCAGCAGAAACUACGGUUGAAUCUGUAAAUGAUGGUAAAACGGCAGCCUGGUAUAUGCAUUGCUAUCUACAAGGAUUAUCCUUUGACAUGCCUGCUCAAUUACCGCUUUUCUAUACCGAAAUUGACAAUGUAGACCUAUCUGUCGAGGUAUGUGGUGUUCGGUUUGAAAAUCCCUUCGGGCUAGCAUCGGCACCUCCAACAACUAGUACGGCAAUGAUUCGUCGAGCUUUUGAACAAGGCUGGGGAUUUGCCGUUACCAAAACAUUUGCUCUUGAUAAAGACACAGUUACCAACGUAAGUCCUCGAAUAGUUCGAGGAAUAACCGCUGGGCACAAUUUCGGUCCACAGCAAGGUGCCUUCCUGAACAUCGAGCUAAUAUCAGAAAAAUGUGCCGAUUAUUGGCUUACCGGUGUAACAGAAUUGAAGCGGGAUUUCCCUACGAAAGUCGUGAUCGCCAGUAUCAUGUGCACUUACAACGAGGAAGAUUGGACAAAUCUGGCAAAACGAGCCGAGGCAGCUGGAGCUGACAUGCUUGAAUUAAAUUUGUCGUGUCCUCACGGCAUGGGAGAAUCUGGAAUGGGCCUAGCCUGCGGUCAAGAUCCGAAAUUGGUAUACAACAUUUCCCUUUGGGUGCGAGCCGCUGUCAGAAUUCCAUUUUUCGUGAAGCUAACUCCAAACAUCACCGACAUUGUAUCGAUCGCUCAGGCUGCUCAGCGAGGCAAGGCAGAUGGGGUAUCCGCAAUUAAUACCGUUCAAGGGUUGAUGUCUAUAAAUGCCGAUGCUUUGCCCUGGCCAGCGGUCGGUAUUGACAAGCGUACAACCUACGGAGGGGUAUCGGGAAAUGCUACUCGACCGCAAGCAUUACGAGCAGUUUCAUUGAUAGGGAAUAAACUGCCUGGAUUUCCAAUUUGCGGUAUCGGCGGAAUUGAUUCAGCGGACGUUGCAUUGCAAUUUAUUCAGUGUGGAGCACCAAUUCUUCAGAUAUGUUCCUCAGUUCAAAAUCAGGAUUUUACUGUUAUAGAAGAUUACAUUACUGGUCUUAAGGCUCUCCUGUUCCUUAAGGCAAAUUCGCCACCAGAGAGUCUUUCCUGGAAUGGUCAGUCACCACCAACACAAAAACUGCAAAAGGGCAAACCAGUGGCACCACUACUUGAUGAUAAUGGAAAGCCUUUGCUACAUUUUGGAGAGUAUCGGAAAAGAAGAGAUGAAAAUUUAGCGAAAAUGCGUAUCGAAAAUGGGCCUUUAUGGGACCCAUAUGUCACAGAACAGAAUAAGGAACAAAAUGGUACAAAUAAUAGUAUAAUAAAUCCAGCUCCAAAAAUCAAAGACGUUCUUGGAGUCGCAUUAGACAAAAUCGGGUCGUACAAAAGCCUAGAUAAUAAAAAGCAAGUAGUAGCCCUUAUCGAUGAUGAUCUAUGCAUUAACUGCGGCAAAUGCUACAUGACUUGUGCAGACUCCGGAUAUCAGGCGAUUCAAUUUGAUGCAGUGACGCACCUGCCACACGUUACGGAUGAUUGUACCGGUUGUAAUCUGUGUCUAUCAGUUUGUCCCAUCAUCGAUUGUAUUAGUAUGGUACCGAAGACAAUCCCACAUGUAAUUAAACGAGGCCAUCUAAAACCGAUCGUGCAAGUUCAUGCGCUUUCUCCAUCUCAAUAAAAAUCAAUGCAUGCUUGUGAAACGACUACAAAACAUUUUCAAAUUCUAUAUGUUUUACAUUUUAUUCCAGUGUAUUGAAUCUGUUUCACCGUGUAGAGUACUAUUCUUUUCUUGCAGGUUUAAUGUUAAUUUUAUUCCUUGUUGUAAUUUUAAAAGUAACAACUUCAAUUUAGACUUUCUAAACCGUGUUUGGAAUUACCAUGAGAAAUUUCAUAUUUAUAUUGUAUUGAACGUGAUACGAUCCGAUCAGUGCAUCCAUGUAACGUAAUACGAUCCAUACACGGAUACAAAUCCAUUGCCGGUACCAUAAUUAAGAAAUUAUUAAUCAUGGUACCGGCAAUAGAUUUUUAGCCGUGUAUAGUGAAUCCGUGCAUUGCGAGAAGAGCAAAAUGCUACACACCAAAUUUCUCGAUGUUCUGUAAUUAUUUUUAAAAUAUUUUUCAAUAGAUGAACUGUAAAAUCGAUCCAAUUUAGUCAUCUGUCAAUAA